AUGACGAUGAGAGAAUUACGAGAGAAAUACGUUGAUUUGGUCAACGUGAACGAUAGUAGUUAUGAAAAUUCGUGUUUGUUAUCGAAAAUGGUGGUAUAUACGAUUGUUAGUUAUAGUUGCAAAGAAAGGAAAGGAACUAGAAAUAAAACUGUCGAUACAUUGGAUGCUGGAGGCGUCAAAAAUUAUUUAAAUGGGGAAUCGAAAGCUCUUCAUGGUCACAGUUUUGACCUAGUCCUGGAGAUGGUGGGAUUGAUAUCUCUGGAGAACUGCAGGAUUAAAAAUUUUCAUUCCAAUGUAAAAAUUGGGCAAUUAGCUCGCAACGUUGUAGACGAGCUUGCAGGAGUGCUCUCCAAACGUGAAAACCUAAAAUUGGUAUUAUGGUAG